AUUGCAUUCCUCGAAAUUUAAUGAACGCACGUUGUUUACAAAUGUCAAAAUUUUGUUCGUCUUCUUGAAAGUUUUAAAAAUUUUAAAUGCAAUAAAUUAAAUUAAAAACAGAAGUGAAAACAAUUUCAAAUCAUGGGUUUAACGAAGCAAUACUUGGCUUAUAAACUUGAUAAUACAUUUAAUAUAAUUGCCAGUGGAAGACCAAACAUAAAUUUCCUUGUAUACGACAACAUCGAAGGCAGAUAUGUUGUUGUUGGCGGAGCUGAAAAUGCCCUCGUUUGGGAUAUAAGAUUGGGUGAAAAAGUUAUGUGCCUCCAACGAGACAAACAGGAAGUGACUGCUAUCCGGGCUAGUCCAGAUCGUGUUCAUAUUGCUGUUGGGUACUCUGACGGCGUGGUAGAAAUCUUUGACAUUGCUUCUAGAUCAUCUGUGUGCUCUUUAUCACUCCACAAGACGGCGGUUACUAUAUUGCGUUACGACGCAAUGGGAAUUCGUUUGGUAUCAGGUGGCUUGGAUACUGAACUGGUCGUGUGCGAUAUUGUCACCCAGACCGGUAAACAACGUUUGAUUGGACACAAUGGUCCCAUCACUGAUGCCCAUUUCUUGGAGAGAUUUGGAGUUGAUGACAUAGUGGUGUCUUGUUCCAAAGACACGCACAUCAAGUUCUGGAAUCUUGAAACGCAGACGUGCUUUAAAACUAUCGUUGACAACCGAACCGAAGUGUGGGCUCUGACUUUUGUCAAAGACCUCAUGAUAGCAGGGACUGGAGAAAGUUCCAUGAACAUCUAUAGAUUAAAGAGUCGAGAUACGAUUGCUGAUAACGUGCAGUCAGCUGUUGAAGGACUCAGUUUGGAUGACGAAGACACCAUAAGUCCAAUAACUGUUACAAACUGUGGUGUUAUACAGAAAUCGGGGCGUGGAAGAACAGUUAACCUUGUUGCUGAUCCAACUGAACGAGUAAUCAGUUGCCACGGGACAGAUGAUAUCAUUGAAAAUUUCUAUAUUUGCACCAAGGAAGAAGCCAAUUCUCGUUUGGCUAAGCGUUUGAAGAAAUCUGCAAAAUCUGUUACCCAAGGGGGAGCCGAUUGUUCCAAGGAACUGACUCUUUCCGACGAAAUAAAGCGCUUACCUAGCAUCAAAGUAAAGAGUAAGAUUAAGUCUAUAGAUAUUCUGAUGGGAGUCAACAAUGAACUAAGAAUCAUAGCAAAUCUCUCAAACAACAGCUUGAAAAUGUUCUCUCUGAAUGUUUUAGAAAAGCAGGGUGAAGCGAAACUGUUACGGUCCAUUACUCAAAAUGGUCAUCAGUCAGAGUUGAGGACAGUUUGUUUCAGUUCAGAUAACUUGGCUAUAGCAUCAGGCGGUGGUGAGUCAGUGAAGAUUUGGAACAGGGAAUCAUCGCAAUGUUUAAGAACAGUUCCGGCAGGGUACGUGCUCAGUUCCUGCUUUGUACCUGGAGAUCGUUAUGUUCUCCUCGGGUUGAAAUCGGGUGUGUUGUUAAUUGUUGAUGUUGGAACUGGCGAAGUAGUUGAAGAGAUUCCUGCCCAUGAAAACGAACUAUGGUCCAUUUGCUUGCUGCCAGACAUGAAGGGUUGUGUGACAGGCAGCAGCGAUACCACGGUGAAGAGUUGGUCCUUCGAACUUAUUGACAACACAAAUACCGACGAUGGAGUAAUUAGACCUAAAGUUUUGUCUUUGUUGCACGUGAAUACGCUUAAGCUCGAAGAGACGGUCCUGUGUGUCAAAGUUAGUCCUAAUAUGAAGUUUCUAGCUGUCGGUUUAUUGGAUUCUACAGUGAAAAUAUUCUUUCUGGACAGCUUUAAGUUUUAUCUUUCCCUCUAUGGACACAAAUUACCAGUACUUUGUCUGGAUAUUUCGUACGACUCGGCUAUCAUUGUCACUGGUUCGGCAGAUCGUAAUGUCAAAGUGUGGGGUCUGGAUUUCGGGGAUUGUCAUCGUUCGUUGUUUGCGCAUGAUGAUUCCGUAAUGGCAGUUCAAUUUGUCCCCAAAACGCAUAUGUUCUUUACUUGCGGCAAAGAUGGUAAGAUUAAACAGUGGGAUGGAGAUUCGUUUGAAAAAAUCAUCACCCUUCCUGGGCAUGUUGGGGAGGCGUACAGUUUAGCUGUUAGCCCGAAUGGCCGAUACCUGGUAAGCUGUGGGUCCGACCGGACACUUCGAUUGUACGAACGAACCGAAGAGCCUAUAGUCUUACAAGACGUACAGGAAGAAGAGCGAGAGGAGAUGGAAAAUCGGACUCUAGCAACAGGCGAGGAUAAUUCUGUGCCUAUGUUGCCUGGUCUUAAGCUACCGUCUCGUAAGACCGUAGGGGCAGAAAAAGCAGCCGAAAGCAUUCUUGAGUGCUUGGAGAUCUUAAGAGAAUACGAAGCAGAUGAAGCUCCCGAAUUGCAUCCUCUUAUGAUAGCUUACGAUGCAAAGACUCCGGAUGACUUUCUUCUUGCUACUUUACAAAGAAUAAGGGCCUUUGACAUGGAAGAAGCACUGGUACUUCUGCCAUUUUCGAGUGUUUGUGAUAUUCUUGAAAGAGUUCCAAAAAUAGCCGAUAGCCGAAAGGACCAAACCGAAAUCAUAUGCAAAGUAGUGCUGUUUCUCUUUAGAAUCCAUCAAAAGCCAAUCACAAGUAAUCAAACUCUUUUGCCGGUGAUUGGAAAGAUUAUAAGAUGCUUGCAACAAUUAACGGUUGAAUGUCGUGAUAUGGUGGGAAUGAAUUACUAUGGAUUGCAACUGUUGCAACACGACAUUGAAGAACGAGAGGGUGUUGAGUUGUUUCGAGAGGCUACACAGUCGAAAAAGCAGCGAGACAAAAGAAGGAAACAUGUUGCGAAGAGGACGCACAUUCAAAUGGCUUGAAAAAAUUAAGUUUUUUUUUGUUAUUGAAUCUUUAAUGAAAUAAAAAUGCAUUUUAUUUGUAA